UACGGUACAUUCCACGCAGUGCAGUUUUAAUAAAGGUUAUUUUUCCAGUUCAGUAAUGUUUGAAAACCACAGCAUUUAUAUACAUAUUUUGGCUACUACUAUUUAUUGAAUUUUGUCAGUACGGUGUUGUCUUUUGUUCCGUUAACAUCAAAUAACAAGUAUUCAUGUGAUUACGUAAUAUUUAGAUCCAACUACCACAAGCAAUUUGAAUUCUUUUAAUAGAACACUGCACUAUGCAUCGGCCGAAACAUAUCAUUAUUGAUCUUAUUAAUUUUGAUUAGUGAUUCUGUUGUAGAAGAUAUAAAGCAGCGUAAGGUAUGGAAUUUUUAGUGAGCCAACUACUAUCUAGAUUUCACAUGCUUCAAAUUAGUCCAAUUGCAAGAUCUGAGCUGAAGUCGGAAAGAUCAGUGCUGCCGCCACUGAUCUAAAGUUGAUUUUCCUAUUGGCCACUUGUGGUCGUCGAGCUUACACACCAAGUGCAGUCACUGGAUUAUUGCUACAAAAAAGGAUAAUAAAUCUGUGCAAAAAAUGGCCGUUGUCUAUCACAGUUGCUAUUGUCCUAAACAAAUAUAUAAUACUAUGAAAUAGCAUAUGGAAUAUUGGAGAGCAUCAUAGACCAUAGAUGCUGGAUACGACAUCGGUAGUUCUUACAUAGACAAUGCAACAAUAGGCCGAGUUCCAUCAUGCACUUCCCGCUCACGUAACGACGCACGUUCAGGUGAUAGCAGUCAAAGCGUGAAAUUUACUUCAACGAUUGAUAACGGGAAUGAGGAACUUUCACCGGGCAAUCACCAUGCUCGAACUCCAUCCCGAGGUGAUGUUUCCAUCUCGGAUGCGGGCUCGAACUUCGGUCUUGCGCUGGGUUUAGGUGGCCUAGGCGGACCAGAAGGGGUCAAACUCACACGUAGCAGACGCAUUGUUCUCACUAUGCAAGGUUUCAUUAGAGAAUUUUGCGCUAAUACGAGUAUACAUGGUGUCAAAUAUCUCGGAGAGAGGCGGCGAUCGACGACUGAAAGGUUAUGGUGGAUCAUUGUUUUCAUAGCAAGCCUCUCUAUGUGUGGAAUAUUAAUAAUGAAAGUGUGGCACAAGUGGGAUUCCAGUCCUGUAAUUGUUAGUUUUGCAGAGAAAACAACACCCGUGUGGCAGGUGCCAUUCCCAGCUGUUACAAUUUGUUCUGAAAACAAAGCUCGGCAAUCAGUAUUUAAUUUUACCGAAGCAUUUCAUCAACGUGCUGAGGAUCUGAAUAUGACUGAUUAUGAAUACGAAAUGCUAACUACGAUUUCUCUUGUGUGUGACAGACAUUUAAUCCAAUUUGGUAAUAAAUUGGCAAAUUCAUCAGUGGUUGAUAAACUUUUAGAGGUUGCGCCAGAAUUUGACGAGAUGAUGUUUCAUUGCAAAUGGAAAAAUUCUCCAGGAAAUUGUACUACACUUUUUAGCAGAAUUGUCACUGAGGAAGGAGUAUGCUAUACGUUCAAUAUGUUGGACGCCAAUGAACUUUUGCGAGUGGAAGCUUUGCAUGAAGAUUACAGUUACUUAUCGCACGGUAAAGAAUCCCGUGGUUGGACUUUGGAAACAGGCUAUCCUGCUGAUGCCGCAUCGGAUACAUAUCCCCAACGGGGCUUAGGAGCCGGUGCCAAGGCUGGUCUAACGAUUCUCCUUCGAGCAUACGAGCACGAUCUCGACUACUUGUGCAAAGGACCUGUACAAGGAUUUAAGGUAUUAUUGCACCAUCCAGCGGAAAUACCGCAAUUGAGUCGUCAAUAUUUUCGCGUGCCUUUAAAUCAGGAAGUCGUUGUUGCUGUUAAACCCAAUAUGAUGACAACAGCAGAAGGACUCAGAUAUUACUCGGCCCACAGGCGUCAAUGUUACUUUCCCUUAGAACGUAAAUUACGCUUUUACAAAGUUUAUACCCAAAGUAAUUGUGAAUUAGAAUGUUUAGCAAACUUUACAUUACAAAAGUGCGGAUGUGUCGAAUUUUCUAUGCCGCGUACAAGUGAUAUGCAGGUUUGUGGAUCUGGAAGUACAGAGUGCUUUACAACAUCCGAAGAUGAAUUAUUGGCACGUGAAAUAGCUCAAGAGCUACGAAGUAGUAGUUCUCUUGGCUCCUCUCCUGAAACUGGAAGAACUGAGUGUGACUGUUUGCCAGCUUGCACCUCAAUUCAAUAUGAAGCGGAAUUAUCACAAGCUGACUUUGAUUGGGCUAGGCUUUUCAUGGCUUUCAAAGCUAAUUUUAGUGAAAUGCCCAAUGUCACAAUGGCAAGAGUCAGCAUAUUUUUCAAAGAAGCCCAAUUCAUAACAUCGCGCCGUUCCGAAUUGUAUGGUCCAGUUGAUUUCUUAGCAAAUUGUGGAGGUCUAAUGGGUCUCUUCAUGGGAGUAUCGCUUCUCAGCAUUAUUGAAAUUUUUUACUUCAUAACAAUGCGUCCACUUUGCACAGUUCGUUUGCAUAAAGAGCGAGUUCGAAGACAUGAGGCCAGAAAUAAUGCACUACUAGGCAUGGGAUCCGUCGACAUCAGAGUGUCACCAGAAAAGAAACCACUUUAGAAAUAAAAUAAUUCUUCAAAAGAAACUUACAGCUUAUAGACUAUAUAAGAUAUAAAAGCUUAUAUAUUUCAUUUAAUUAAGUCAUAGUUCAAUAAAAUG